CGCGCCCCGGGGCCGCGACUCCGGGGAAAAGAGCCUCCCCACGAGCGGAGCCGCGUGCCGCCUCCGGAGCCAGCAGCCCUAUGGCUGCCAGUUACGGAGUGAUGGAAGAUGACAGCUCCAUGGAUUACACAGUGCACGAGGCCUGGAAUGAAGCCACCAAUGUCUACUUGAUAGUGAUCCUUGUCAGCUUUGGGCUCUUCAUGUAUGCCAAGAGGAAUAAAAGGAGAAUAAUGAGGAUAUUUAGCGUGCCUCCCACAGAAGCAGCUUCGUCAGAGCCCAACUUCUAUGACACAAUCAGCAAAAUUCGUUUAAGACAACAACUGGAGAUGUAUUCCAUUUCACGGAAGUAUGAGUACCAGCAGCAGCAGCCGCAGGGCCCCGCCGACAGUGUGCAGCUCUCCUUGGAAUGAGGCCUUGGGACGCAAGUGACCUGAAAGACUGUGGAAGCCGUGUGGUAGUGAGCUCCCAGCUUCCGACUAGAUCAUGACGAAGAACUGCUGCCUGCCUGCGUAAAGUCAUUUUACAUGGUGUGUGUGAGAGUGAGUGUGUGAGUGAUAACGCUGCUGUUUCAUAUCCGCAGCUGUCUCAGAGCCAGCCGGCUCCGUUAACCCACAGAGCCACACAGCCAGGAAGAUGCCUGUGACUCCACACAGGAUUUCUGUAGGACACAAUCCGUCAAAAGAAAGACAUCACUGGAUACAAGAACCCUGGAACUGGUGUCAUUUAGAUCAGAGUAUUUUUACAAGAUGAAGAAAAUGGAGGGCCAGCCACUGGAGUGGCUUCCUUUUAGCCUCGCAUGGGAGGCAAGCUGACUUGUGUCCUCAUCGCUGCUGGGAAUGACUGUAGCUGCAUGAAUGCUCUUCAGAACCACGUGGCUGUCUCCCUGCGUCCUGAAGCACGCCCUUGUGCUAAUUUUGGAAGCCUCUGUAACUGGAUUUUUUUGUUGUUCUGUAGAUGUGAUCCUUAGGAGUUUCUGUUUUGUUUUUUAAUCCCCUGGUUUAAUUUCUACCAGAUGGGUCUUUCUUCAGAAAUGGACACUCCUAUGUUGGUGUUGGCAGCUUGCUUUCCAGUCUGUUAUUACCAUUGUUUAAUGGUACUCUCUGGUUACUUCUGCUCUUUUAACAUAAUAAGCUUUUCUGAAGACCCUCCCAUUUUCUACUAUACAAUGUAUAUUUUUUUAAUUGAAAUGGAAGCAGCCAGAGAUACUUGUGGAAAGUUCAACAGGUAGUGUAACUCAAUCCAUUUUUGAUUAAACCUCUUCUUUCCUAGUAUUAUUUUCAUUUCUCCUUAUUACUGUGAAAUUAAAUAAUCUUUAAGUGGAAAUUAAGGUUUCAGCCAAAUAAACUCAUUCAGGGGCUU